UUCCUCCACCUCCUUCGGGCAUCGCCUCCUCGAUUUCAUUACAUUUUCAACCAGCAGCCAAGUUCGGUCGACGUGCGUCGCAGUUCCCGAGGAAAACGCGAAAUUUACCGUGAAAUUUGUGCAUUUUUGUGUGCUUUCCCGUGCUAUUGUCGUUUGUUAAGUCAUGGACCAGAUUGCCAAGAUCUACGAGCCGGGCCGUUCCUUCGCCAAGGACUCGAUCCGGCUGAUCAAGCGCUGCACCAAGCCCGACCGGCGCGAGUUCCAGAAGAUUGCGAUUGCGACCGCGAUCGGCUUCUGCAUCAUGGGAUUUAUCGGUUUCUUCGUCAAACUGAUACACAUCCCGAUCAACAACAUCAUCGUCGGAUCGUAAGAAGGGACGAUUGUCUACCCCGUGGGGGGAAACCCCCGUUCCAGAUGAGAGAGAGUGUGUGAAUUUAACAAUCAGAACUGACUUCUAGAGCAUGGAGAGAGGUACAUUGUGGAAAGAACAGCGAUAGAGAGAGAUAAAUUUCACCUUCUUACAUUUAUUCACUUGUCGUACACAUUAAGAAUGAUACAAAAAAAAACAAACAAAACCCAACUCUUUAGCGUUUAAACCAUAUUUGAUUGUUUGUGUGUGAGCAAAUGUAGCAGACGCAAACGAAAAGAUGAACAGAUUUAAAUAAUUAAUUAUUUGAUUUAACGUACACGAGGAAUGAUAAUAUAAUUUAUUGUUUCAUUG